UUAAAGAUUACGACACGAUAAUUCUACGACAGAGUUAGCUGAUUAAUUACGAAAGUUAUUUUUUACUUCACUCCAGCCUUUCAUUGAAAAAGAUGGCCGACAAGAAGAAUUAUAUCAUCUUUGUACUGUUGUCGCUAUUUAUCUCCAGUUGUGCUGGCCAAUCAUGCUCAAGAGAUAGUCAAUGUCUUUUUGGAAGUUGUUGUUCUGAUAGGAGAUGCUCGUUUAGCUGUGUCGGAAAAUUCUGUUCAUCAAGCUCGGACUGCGCUUCAGGAGAAUGUUGUGAUUCCGAUUUAGAGUGUAAAUCAAGCAAUUGUACGAAUCUUGCUGGUUGGAUUAUCGCCGUCAUUGUGAUCAGUAUUAUUGUCGUUAUCAUUAUACCCGUUGCAGUUGCAAUAUUUUGUUGUUGUUGUGCUGCUACUGCAGCAACAUCUUCUACACGAGGUGUUCAGCGUGGCGUGAUAGUUGCUGGACAGGCUACAACGGGAACUACAGUUGUAUCAAACAAUCCACAACAAUAUUUCGCACAUGGUCCACCUCCAAUGUAUUAUUCUAACGAACCACCACCAUAUACACCAAGCGAACAUUUCAAUCCACCAGCAGUUAUUGGAAUGCCAUCCCAAUCACAAGAAAAUCUUCAAUAAAUGAAUGCCCGAAACCUGUUUACCUUAUUAAUAUGAUCGGUAAGAAACCUGUUUCAAACAAACAUUUCAAGCUAUUUGCUAUUGCAAAUAUUCAACUGAUUCUUUCAACUGUCGCAAUUGCUAUCGUAACAACGUUCAUUUUUGUAUAUUAAUAAUGGUAAUUUAUAUUUAUUAACAAUGGUAAUUUAUAAAAUAUUCCAGUAAAGAAAGUAUAUUGGUCAUAGGCAUA